AUGACCUUGAAACAACCAAUCAAAAGUAGAUCUCAAGUUGACGUAUGGGUUAUGAGUAUUAUUUCCGAAUUAAAGCCUCAUCUUCAUAUAAACUUAGUUCCGCAAUUUUAUUUUUUAAGUGGCAAACUAACUGUUUUGCUGCGAGUGUUUUCGGAUUUCUUCUCUGAUUGGCCGUUUCAAGAACAAUUUACCCAGUUAACAGACAGUUUAACAACAACAAAUGUUCUACAUUCUUCGUACUACUUAUAA